AUGGAUCCCCCAAAGCCCGAGGCACCGUCUGACGGCCGCUAUCCGAGCCAGUCGUCCUCGGACAUGACCUCACCUACAACUACCCGCACGCCCACCACGGCCAUCGAGCCGCCCGCAGGGCUCGAGGCCGAUGGCUUGUCGGAGAGUUUCCAAUCCACAGACACGGUGCGACGACGACCCGAUGGCGUCGGCGUCGGAUAUGGAUCAAUACACAGCACCGCCUCGGCGGCCAUGGCGAGCACCAGCCGAAGCCCCGUCGAACCAUCCCUGCUUCAGAGGGCAUCGGCACAGAUGACCCACACGGCUUCCUCGAGCACCGAUCGAGCAAAGUCCUUUGUGCGCCUUCGGAAGCCGCCUCUGUCGCGUCGCAUCUCCUCCAACACGCCGCACCGGGGCGAGGUCUUCUCCGCCGAUGACGAGACGCACGAGGUGGAGGCGAAUCGCUCGAGGCGUCGGCCCCCGCAGUCCUCGCUGCCUCGCAUCCAGUCGUUCCGCGACAUGGGCGAGGACGAAGAGCACGAGGGUCAAGCGGCACCGACGUCGGCCACGACCGAACCGGGGGAGGUUGAGGUCGAGGAUGGCGUCGAGCGACCGCCGUCGGACGACGAGGACGACUGCGAUUCGGACGGCCACGCGAGCGAUGCCGAGAGCUUCACCCUCAAGGAUCGGCAGCAGGCCAUCAACGAGACGCAUCCUUUCGGCAUCCGCGUGUGGAAGCCUGCGCUGUACAAGAAGCAUCGGUCCAUCCAAAAGUUUGCCCAGGCAGACAUUCAUUCGGCGCCCGGCGGUCACGUUAGCCACUGGCUGCUCCUCUUCAACCUCGUCUGGACCGUCCUCUUCGGCUGGUGGAUGGCCAGCGUCGCGGCCCUCGGCGCCGUCAUCUGCCUCAUCUUCGCCGCCGCCCCGAGCGGCCGAGAGUACGGCAGGGUCCUCUGGGGCUUGGCCUCGUACCUCUUCUAUCCGUUCGGCAAGUUCGUCCGGCUCGAGAAGGACGAGGCCUACAUGGACGAGGACGGCAACGAGGGUCGAAGCAUCUCCGAGUACGAGCAGUGGCAGAGCGGCGAUCUCGAGUACGGACGGCUCUUCUUCGGCCCCGACCGGGGCCGAUCCAUCGUCGGACGCUCGAGGCCGAGCAACGACGCGGAGCCGAGCGAGACGGAGAGCCUGCUGGGCCGCGGCCGCCGCGGCGAUUCCGGGGAUGCCCACCCGAGGAUGAAGCGGAGGCUCUUCGGCCGAGGCGAGUGGAACAUUGGCCGCGUCAUCUUCUUCAUCUUCUUCUACUGCCUCAUCUCGCCCUCCCUCAUCGUCGUCUCCGCCAUCUGCUGGUUCCUCGUCUUCUGGAUCCCCAUGGGCAAGGUCACCAUCCUCCUCUUCGACCACCUCCGGCGCCAUCCGCUCGCCCUCUCGUUUCAAUCCCACGUCAAGUACACGCGGGCCGACGACGCGCCCGACUCGUCCAUCCUGCUCUGCACCUACCGGGCCGUCGGCUCCAAGUAUUGGAAGUACACCGUCGACGGCACCAACAUCUUUCUCAUCAACCUCAUGGCCGUCGUCAUGUUCGUCAUCUUCGACUGGCUCGUCCUGGACCGCGUUCUGCACGUGAACUCGAUCAUCACCUCGCCGGCAUUCCUCUUCACCGCCGGCCUGCUCUCCAUCAUCCCGCUGGCCUACUUCAUCGGCCAGGCCGUCGCCUCCAUCUCGGCCCAGUCGUCGAUGGGCCUGGGCGCCGCCAUCAACGCCUUCUUCGCCACCGUCGUCGAGGUCUUCCUCUACUGCGUCGCCCUGAGCCAGGGAAAGGGACAGCUCGUCGAGGGGAGCAUCGUCGGCAGCAUCUUCGCCGGCAUCCUCUUCCUGCCCGGCAUCUCCAUGUGCUUCGGCGCCAUCAAGCGGAAGACGCAGCGGUUCAACGCGAGGUCUGCCGGCGUCACCUCGACCAUGCUGCUCUUCGCCACCGUCGGCGCCUUCGGCCCGACGCUCUUCUACCAGAUCUACGGCACCCACGAGCUCAAGUGCCUGGAUUGCCAGGAUUUCGGCCCCGGCGGCACCAGCAACGCCGGCGACGCGCGCGAUUGCCGACGCUGCUACUUCUCCCAGACGCCGGCGCUCGACGAUCGGUUCUACCUCGAAGCCGUUCGACCGUACUGCUACCUCUCGGCCGCCAUGCUCUUCCUCUCCUACCUCAUCGGCUUGUGGUUCACCCUCCGGACGCACGCGGCCGUCAUCUGGAACGCCGAGGUGGAGGAGAAGAAGCACGAGGAGCACCUCCAGGCGUCGAUGAUUCGAAACUCGCAGCCGUCGGCGACGGAAACGACGGGCACCGACAUUCGCGAGUCCCACCUGUACAAGCGCAUCCUCGGCCAGUCCCUGAAGCAGGUCGGCCUGCCCCCCGCGGCGGAGACGCUCUCCCGGAAACCGUCGAGGAUGAACCUCGACGCCAUGGCCAACGGCAUGCCGAGCACGCCGCACGUCGUGCCCCCCAAGAGCUCCGACGCCGUCCGCACGGCGAUGCACGUUCCCGGCCUCAGCCCGGCCGACAAUUCGGCGCUCGCGAGGGAGGUGGCGGAAAUCGCGGCGACGGCUGCCACCAUCGCCUCUCGGGACCGCAUGUCCCGGAAGAUCUCGGGCGCGCCGACGCAUCUCGGAGGCACCGCUCGAUCGACGCCUCGGCCGGCGGCCACGGUGACGACGGCGCACGCCGGAGGUCACGGCGGCGGCGGGCACGACGCGCCCAACUGGGGCCGAACCAAGAGCGCCGUCAUCCUGCUGGCGGCGACGAUACUGUACGCCGUCAUCGCCGAGAUCCUCGUCGACACCGUCGACGUCGUCCUCGAAAGCUUCUCGAUCGAUCAAAAGUUCCUCGGCAUCACCCUGUUUGCGCUUGUUCCCAACACGACCGAGUUCCUCAACGCCAUCUCGUUCGCCAUGAACGGAAACAUCGCGCUGUCCAUGGAAAUCGGCUCGGCGUACGCGCUGCAGGUCUGCCUGCUCCAGAUCCCCUGCCUCGUCCUCUUCUCGGCCCUGUACCCGAACAUCCCCGACGGCGGGGAGGCGACGUCGUACACCUUCUCGCUGCUCUUCCCCCAGUGGGACAUGGUCACCGUCAUCCUCUGCGUCUUCCUGCUGAGUUACGUGUACGGCGAGGGGAAGAGCAACUACUUCAAGGGCAGCAUCCUGCUGCUGACGUACCUUGUCGUCGUCACCGGCUUCUUCUUCAGCGGCUACGUGUCGGACGUCAUGGGCAUGCAGCGGUUCGACACCAUGGGCGGGGAUGGCCGGUUCCAGAGCUACAAGACCAUGGGCAGGUCGAAGAGCGGACCGGCAUUCCAGGCCUGA